AUGGAAAGACUGGCGUGCCGGGAUUCUGACUACCAGAAUCUUCCAAAUGAUUACGACGGCAAUAGUUUCGAGAAUAAUCUCUCUUCCGUUUCAUUUUUUUUAGGCAAAGAGAUGCCCAAACCAGCUCCGUCCUUAAACAGACUCUCUCAUUCUUCGGUGAACGGAAGUCCGGCGUCCCCACAAGCAGCUGGGUUUGGUCCUCCAAGGCCACUGGCCGGACCGGACCUUUUGCCCAGGACCUCUCAGAAAGAGGAGCUCUUUGGCCCUGCACAGCAUCCCAUGGAGGAAGCGGACGGGCCCUCCCAGCGUCCCAAGGCUGGAAGGACAAGCACUGGGGAGACCUUUGCUUCGUCACUGCUGCCUGAAAACAGCCGUCCUGCCAGCACCACCCAACAAUCUCCUGCUGUUAAACUGCCCUUUGCCACCCUGGACUCUUCGACCGGCAGGGCUGUUGGUGCUGCAGCCCUUCACAGUUCUGCUAGCCGCGUCCCCACUUCUGCCCCUUAUGCCGGAAAGACAGAGGCGGCCACUCUUCAGCCACGCAAAGGCGCUCGUCCCAAAACCGCAAAGGCGCUUCUUUCCAAAACCGGCCCUCCCCAUUUCAGCUCAUUGUCAGCCACUCUCCCUAGUGGUCCAUCUGCUUCCCUUCCCAAUUCCCAUCUUAGUGAUGGGCAACUUAGUCUGGAAGGCUUCGGCCCUGACGGCAGCCCAGCCAGAAACGAUUUCUCUCUGCUGAGUCACCAAAGCUUCCUCUUUGCUGCCUUGUUUUUCGAGGUGCUGUUUUUUUUCUUAGCAGUGGUGCUGAUAGGGGGGAAACUCUUCCGCUCACGCCAGCCACAGCGCUACACCAGGCUGGACUACUUGAUCAAUGACAUGUACACCAAUAUGUGAGCGUAAGAGGGGAGACACCUCAGUGGUCCGCGUGUGGCCUUCGGGAAAAAGAAGAUGGAGUGAGUUUGGCCUAAUGCUGUUCUGCCCACCCAAAUCACAACGUUACGUUGAUUUUGUAAUAUUUUGCUUUCUCUUACGAUCUCCUUCCUCGUUGAUGAUGCCUAUAUGGUAGACCUCGCCUAGUGAUGGCCUAUUGCUCCUUCCCAACUCAGAAAGUCUGUAGAAAGUGUAGGAGCGCAACCCUGUUCAUUUGAGGCGUACAUCCUUAAUUCACUUUUGGGCACCACGGGGCCAAUAAGCGUCCAUCAGAGCACUUCGGCUACCACUUCUUUCCAGAGUCGAUCAAGUUUCUUUCAUCCUUUCGUCUGUUACAGGCCUGGCCUGAAAAAUAUCUGCCAAGGAGGAGAAUUGUUUUAGUUUUAAAAGGCAAAACAUUGAUUUGGGUCCUGGAGUGCAGUGCCAGGCUGUGUGCAAAAAUCACGUAGAGCAAACAACGCAUAGGCAACGGUUCAUUUGGGCCACCCUUCAAAUUGGCCAGGUUAGGAAACACACAACAAUUAACUACCUUAAAGGGUAUAACAACAGAAUCUUGGUAGGCUGACAGGAGUCUCUCUCUCCUCUUGCUAUUUGUACACAAGAGAAUUAAGGUGGGGGAAUCUUCAGUUUCUU